UGAAAAUUUAUGGCACAAACACACGAACAAACCCAAAAUGGCAGCUACCAUGUAGAUUUUUUUCCCGAAAGAUCAGUGUUCAAAAUCCAAAGGAAAUUUGUCUUUAUCCACCACCUGGAGGAUCCGAAGUGUCAAACACGUGCUGAGGGACACUUUGUCGUACAAACGUUGUCUUUCGGAGACAGAAGAAUACAGAGAGGUCGAAGGAAUGGGUGGUAAGAGUUCGACCGUCGUGAAUUCGAUUACUUCACCGAUCACGAACUAUUUUUACGGGAGCGUUAGGAAGGGAGGUGAUGGGACAGACGGCAUGGACGGGGAGUGUGUGGCUGUCGGCAAGCUGAGGGUUAACCCCUUUGUACACACAAGGAAAAGUUCGAAGUUUUACGACGAGGAUGGACAUAUAGCUCACGAGUUUUACAUUGAAAUCCCCGGGUCCAAGAGAAGACGUAUGAAGGCAGGAAUGAUGAGAAUAUACACCAAUCUUAGACCACAGGAAGAAAUUACCCUGGAUCCACCCAGACUUCGUCCAGACCUACCAGUGGUCCUGCGCCAAGUAUGACAUCAGGUCAUGACCUUAGUCUGACCUUAGUUUAACCUAGGUUAGUUUUAGUGACAUCUAGAACCUCUGCCUGAGAAAAAAUACUU